AUGAGGCCUCUCAAUAUAUGUGGAUGUUACUAUACCAUCCCAUCUUCCCAUCAACUGAUCUCGCCUCAAACCGAAUACCUCCCUCUAGUCUCCGCUUCUUUCCAUAGCACUAUCUUGAGCAACACCUCUCGAACUCUCCUCACUCAAGAAUUUACCAAUCCCUCAAGAGACACUCCCAUCAAAGAAUGUGUCUAUAGGUUCCCCCUCUAUGCUGACGUCAGUGUUGUUAAAUUCACCUGUCGUAUCGGUGAGAAAGUCCUAUAUGGUGUUGUCAAAGAAAAGCUCAAAGCCAAAAAGGUCUUUGAUGAAGCUGUCGCCAAGGGAGAAACUGCGGGUCUGCUUGAGCAGUCUCGUAAAGCAUCUGAUGUCUUCAGCACCAAGUUGGGCAACAUCCCUGCUGGAGAGAGUGUUUUGGUGGAAGUUACCUACAUCGGCGAAUUGAAGAACGGAGAUGGUGACAACAUACGAUUCACGAUUCCAACUAUCAUUGCACCUCGCUAUGGACCAGGACCGGCGACUGUGGCUUCGGCAUUAUCGGAUUUCGAAGAAGGUAUCAAAAUUGUCGUUGAUAUCGAUAUCCCAGACGGAUCGUUCAUAAAAGGGGUACAAUCGCCUUCCCACCCAAUCGCAGUUUCAAUGGGUACAUUGUCAACUGCAACAGAAGUUGAUCCCACCAUGAGCAAAGCAUCGGCAACCUUGGCACUAGGAAGUGCUGCACUUGAGAAGGAUUUUGUGCUUAUUGUUCAGACAAAAGAUUCUGGUUUACCAAAGGCAAUUUUGGAAACUCAUUCUACGAUCCCUAGUCAAAGAGCAUUGAUGGCAACGCUUGUUCCCAAAUUCACACUUCCUCCAUCCAGGCCAGAGAUUAUCUUUGUCGCAGAUUGUAGUGGCAGUAUGGGAGGAAAUAUGCCGAUGCUCAUCUCAGCUCUGAAGGUCUUUCUCAAGUCCAUGCCAGCUGGCAUCAAAUUCAACAUCUGCUCAUUCGGUAGUGAGGUCAAGUUUCUAUGAUAAAAAAGUAAAACUUACGAUGCCGAAACUCUCAAGGAAGCAUCUGAUCACGUUGAAUCUUUUGCAGCAAACCUUGGCGGCACAGAAACACUUGCUGCUAUUCAAGAAACAAUCAAGACCAGAUGGGGCGAUAUUCCAAUGGAGAUCAUGCUCCUGACUGAUGGCGAUAUUUGGAGUCAAGAGGACAUGUUUGCUUAUCUCAACGAGCAAGUCAAUGCCAGUGGCGGAAAGAUACGCGUAUUUCCACUGGGUAUUGGACGAGGAGUAUCUCAUGCUUUGAUUGAGGGUGUCGCCAGAGCAGGAAAUGGAUUUGCACAAGCGGUACAAGGGGGUGAAAGAUUGGACACCGCCGUUGUGAAAAUGCUUCGUGGGGCAUUGACGUCUCAUAUUACAAAUUAUACUCUGGAGGUCAAAUACGCAAGCGAGGAUGACGAUUUUGAGGUUGUCGACAGGGUUACUGAUGGGAUGAGAGUUCUUCUUGUCAAUACAGAGCCUGAUGAUAAACCAACCAUUUCGCUCUUCAAUAAUAACGCGCAACCAGAAAAGGGAGAGACAAAAGCUGCAGACCCCAAAUUGCCCAAUAUUCCAUCUCCAAAGCUUCUCCAAGCCCCACACAAGAUACCCUCCCUCUUCACCUUCUCUCGAACAAUAGUUUACAUUCUCAUGUCACCGGAAACCUUUGGUCGUAAUCCCACUUCAGUGGUAUUCCGAGCCACUUCUGAACAUGGACCUCUCGAACUUGAAAUCCCAAUCGAAGCUUUGUCACAACCAGGAGAUACCAUUCAUCAGCUCGCAGCUAAAAAGGCAUCCCAAGAUAUGGAAGAAGGUAGAGGCUGGAUCUAUGACGCCAAGGGUCAACAUGACCAGCUUAUUAAAGAUCUCCAUCCCAGCAGUUUCAAUGACCUUGUCAACAAGGAGUGUGUUAGGCUAGGAGAAAGAUAUCAGGUUGCGGGAAAAUGGUGUUCCUUUGUGGCUGUGACUGCCAACGAUACUGCCGCAGAGCCUAGCAAGAAAAUUGCCGGGCAUCAUGGUAAAUUAAUCUAUACUCCUCCUCAAGUUUUCUUCUGAAACUAAUCAAACGCAUGUAGGUACAGCGGGAUUUUCUGGCACCUCCGGUACAUCUGGUAACCAGGCGGGUACGAGUUCUCUUCAGAAUUAUCAAAUGCAGACUAUGCUUCUCGGUCAACAAAUACACAAUACUUCUCACAUGAGCAUGACAAGCCCACUUGUUAUGGGGAGAGCAACGAGAUCUAAUAAUAUCCUCGCCGGUACUCUUCAAGAUCAUUAA